AUGGACGAUAUACAACCAGAACAAGCCCAGCCCAGCCCGACCAUAGAACCAAUCCGCUUCCGCGCCGGCAAAAAGAGAAAAGCCUACCGACAAAGAGGUCCAGCAGCGGAAGAACAAGAAGAUGCAAACGACGGUGUGGCGACGGCGAUUUCGCCCGCGCCGGUGAUGCCAGGCGUGUCGUCCAAGUCGAAAGACGUCGAUGCUGGGCGUGAUGCGGACGAUACCGGCGCAGAAGCGCAGAACCCCACACAAGGACACUCGGAGAGAGAAGACAAUGGCGAUGACGGCGACGACGACAAUCACACAGCGGAAGAAUCAGCCGUCGCGGCAGCUCUGCGCCUUCGCAACGCCCGCCGCGCAGCAUCUCGUCGAGGAGGCGUGGGAUUUCGAUCAGAAGGCCGAUCGGCACCCGGCGAAGAAGACGAUGCGGAACAUGCGCUGGUGCUGAGAGAUCAGGAUAAAGAAGGCACAGUGGCGCACGAUCGCAUCGUGGGCGGCAUCACGAACCGCUUCAUGCACCAGACGGGCCUCCUCACCAUUUUGGACGACUCACACAUUCGCAACGCCUCCCACGCCCCCCAAGGCGGCGCAUCAUCAUCAUCAUCAUCCUCACAGCUCCCCCCUCAUUCCUCCUCUGCGCACCUCCAAAACGACAAUGGGAAUCCAGCGGACAAGUGGCGCGAUCAGCCCACGCGCCACGGCAAACUCGUCGAAGUCGACACGACAAAUCUUGGCAAUCACCAGAUGAAGAGCGACAACAAGCGACGUCGCGUCGACACGGACACUGCCAAACCCGCUCCUCCUCGCCGAGGACGCAACCGCCGCAACAGCGAAGACAUUGCGCGCGACGCCAUGGUCGAGCAAUUCCUCUCCGAGAAUCGACUCGACGUCUACCAAGUCCCCAAAACACACGCCGCAACAGCAACAGCAGCAGCCGCAUCCUCCUCCUCCUUCGUCCCCGGCGCAGACCCCUCCGCCGACGACCGCCUCGCCGAACAGUUCCGGCAGCAAUACUACGACGAGAUGGCCCUGCGCCGCAAGAGGAAGCGCCCCGCGCCGACACAGCAGCAGAAGCAGCAGCAGCAGUCUGCGGAUGUGCUCAAGGGGCCCAAGCUCGGCGGCAGUCGGAACCAGAGAGCUGCUGUGAGAAAUAUACUUUUGCAGCAGGAGAGGGAUAAAAAGGGCAAAUGA